GCCUUGAGCUCGCAGGAACGUCCGAGCAAGUCGCAUUUCAACUGCGACAACAGCAACACUAACCUCCACGGAGACUUUUGCGCGCAAUUUGGUAAAUGAUCGCCGCAGGAAUAUCUAGGAGCAAGAGAGCGAACACCUGAGCGCCGAUUAUAUCCCAAUUGAACGAUACAACCUGCCACAUUCCCAGCCGCCCGCUGGCGCCUCCCCUCAACAUGAGUAUAUUCGAUGUGCAGCCCGUCAAUCGCUUUGCAGGCUCCAGCGCAGCUAUCCGCAGGCCCAAGGAAAUCGCCCACUUCUCUUACGACGAUGACCAUGUAUUCCGGCUCGACGAUUCGUCACUGCGCUACUAUUAUCCACCUUCAAUGGGCGCGGACCUCUCCAAGGGAUACGAAUCGUUCAAAAAGCUCGACGAUACCGCGGACGACCACCUGGACAGUCUAUUGAAAACGAUAUUAGAGUCAGAGAAGGAAACGGGAAGCAAAUGCGAGGCCGACUUUAUAACAUGGCGGGGGAUGAUGACCAAGAUUAUGGCCACCCCCUUCGACAAUUUCAAUGGAUUUGAAAUGAACGCGACCUUUUUUCAGGGAACAAUCUUCAUAGAAGAAAACCACGAAUAUAAAUUAGCCCAAUGGCAAAUGCAAAAAAGCCAACCUCCUCGACGUGGAGGCCCCUCGCAGGACUUGAUGAGUUUCUGGGGAUACAAAUUUGAGACGAUAUCUCUUCUUCCAGAUACCUGGGACGCAACAAGUCGAGAAUAUAUCGAGAGCCGAGAAGACGAAAUCGUCAACAACCACGCGCAAUAUUGCUCCGUAGUCCGUACAGGCAUUGGCAAAUCAAGGCUCGUUAUCGGUGGCGAAGUGGACGCAGUAUGGGACAAAAAGCCAGAAAACAAAGAUGAACCCAUCAACUGGGUGGAACUGAAGACAUCAGAAGAGAUAUACAGCGACCGAGACAUGCAAAAGUUUGAAAGAAAGCUGCUCAAAUUCUGGAUCCAAUCGUUUCUGCUCGGCGUGCCGAAAAUCAUUGUCGGGUUUCGAAACAGAAAUGGAAUCCUGCAACGACUGGAGGAGCUCGAGACGAGAGACAUCCCUAUUAAUGUGAAAAAACGGGGCAUGAGAAGCUGGGAUGGAAACCUUUGCAUAAAUUUUACCGCUUCUUUUCUUGAGUGGCUCAAGCAGACCAUCCAAAGCGAUGGCGUGUGGAGGAUACGUCGCAAAGAAAAGUCGCCCGUCAUUGAAGUAUUCAAGCUCGAGGACAGCGGUUAUGGCAGCAUCUUGUCCCCCGAGUUUGUGCAGUGGCGCAACCAAUUCAGCUAAGGGUCGGUGAUCCACAAACAAAGAGUCGGGUGACUAGGGUAAGUAAAUUGGAGGGAGGCAGGUAGUAAUUAUCAUUAUUAUUAUUAUUAUUGUCUGUCCUAUUUUAUGGAUGGAAGAUGAAUCUGUGUUUUCUUUGUGUCUUCUG